AUGCCAAACUACAAACUCACUUAUUUUAAUAUGAGGGGGAGAGCAGAAAUUAUUCGUUACAUAUUUGCAUAUUUGGACAUAAAGUAUGAAGACCACAGAAUAGAACAAUCUGAUUGGCCUGAAAUCAAGUCAACUCUUCCAUUUGGCAAAAUUCCCAUUUUGGAAGUCGAUGGCUUGAACCUUCACCAGAGCCUAGCGAUAGCAAGAUAUCUGACCAAAAACACAGAUUUGGCUGGAAAAACAGAAUUGCAACAAUGUCAAGUUGAUGCAGUUGUGGACACAUUGGACGAUUUCAUGUCUCAUUUUCCUUGGGCAGAGAAAAAACAAGAUAUAAAAGAUCAGAUGUUUAAGGAGCUACUUACAUGUGAUGCAUCUCAUCUUCUGCAAGAUUUGGACACAUACUUAGGGGAAAACGAGUGGUUUAUUGGUAACUCUGUAACUUGGGCAGAUUUCUACUGGGAAAUUUGCAGUACCACACUUUUGGUCUUUAAACCUGAUUUGUUGGACAACCAUCCCAGGCUGGUGACAUUACGUAAGAAAGUCCAAAGCAUUCCUGCCAUCGCCAGCUGGAUAAUGCGAAGGCCCCAAACCAAACUCUAG